AUGGCAUCUGAAGCCCACAAUGAUAGAAAACGGAACCUUUUGCAUAUUGAGGGCCAUCCCAUUCAUCUUCCUAGGAAAAGAAUCUCUCAUUUCACUAAUAAGAACAUGAAGGAGGGUAAGAAAUCUCCAAAACAGUUGGCUGCUUAUACAAAUAGAACAGUUGGAUAUGCUGUGAAAAGUCCAGACAAAUUGCACAAAGAAGUAUAUUACAGAAAGAAAGUUCAUCAUUAUUUUCCAAAUCCUUGUUACAAAAGAAAACACUUCCCUAGAAGCAGGGGCUGUGACAUGGCAAAUAAAGAAAAUGAACUGGCUUGUGCAGGCCACCUGCCUGAAAAAUUACGCCAUGAAGGUCGUACAUUUUUACUUAAUGCCAGUGAUUCUAGUUCUUCACAAACGGAAAGCCCAUCAUCAAAAUAUAGUGGAUUUUUUACUGAGGUUUCUCAGGACCAUGAGACAAUGGCACAAGUCCUUUUCAGUAGAAAUCUGAGGUUGAAUGUAGCUUUAACUUUUUGGAGAAAACGAAGUAUAAGUAUAAGCGAACUGGUGGCCUAUUUGGUGAGGAUAGAAGACCUUGGAGUGGUGGUAGAUUGCCUUCCUGUGCUCACUAGCAGUUUACAGGAAGAAAAGCAGUACAUUUCACUCGGCUGCUGUGUAGAUCUGCUGCCUCUAGUAAAAUCACUGCUUAAAAGCAAAUUUGAAGAAUAUGUGAUAGUUGGUUUGAACUGGAUUCAAGCAGUCAUAAAAAGAUGGUAGUCAGAACUGUCUGCUAAUACAGAAAUUGCAAAAGAUAGUGGAUUGUGGAAACAAGAAAACCAUCUUACAUUGGUUCCAGGAUACACUGGUAAUAUAGCUAAGGAUGUAGAUGCUUAUUUAUUACAAUUACAUUGAGAAG